AUGGCUCAUGUUCUUUCGUCGAGUCUUUCCCUGGAAGAGAUCUGGGACAAUCAAUCAUUUUCCGGUAUACUAGCUCUGAAUGCGUGCGUGGUAUUUGGGAUUGUACUUUGGGAUUUCAUCCAGCUACUGCCGGAGGAACGAAGCCUAUAUGAAGUCAGGAGGAGAAGGGAGUGGCGAGUACCAGGCCCUUGGGCAUUCGUUAUCCUGAGAUACUCGGCGUUACUAUCUACACUAUCUGGAGUCAUAUAUUCGACAAUCCAAAUACAUCACUGCCAGUUGGUGGUAUCAUUUAGUCAAGGAGCAAGUGUUAUUUGUACCGGCGCCAUGGGAAUCAUUUUUUGCGCCCGGGUAGGAUCCUUGUGGGAUUACAAACGAAUCCCGCUUUACAUGGCACUGGGAUCAUGCGUCCUAAUGAUUGCAGCAUGGGUAUGUGUUGCGGUUCCCUUCAAGGCAACGGCUGGACCUGCGCUACCUUUUGGAGGGAAUUGUAAAUUUGGGCGCUUAGCAGAUUGGACACCCGUCAGCUACGCCGCGUCCGCAGCAUUUAAUUGCAUAAUUUUUGGCCUUUUUGUAAUCAGAGUCACGACGAAGACAACGGUGGUCGCAACAAACACUGGAUUUACUCUGAUCAACAGAGCUUGUAUAUUAUAUCUUUUCUGCGGCACCGUUGCGAGCAUUGUGGUUCUCACCAUCUAUUCCAUAAACUGGUCAACCGAGUUGGUGAGGCGCGCCACGAUGCCGUAUUCCAUCCUUUUCAUGGCCACAAUGGGAUCUCGGGUAUUCUUGAAUCUGCAACUUCACAACCAUACGCUAACACGAGUCGCCGAGUCUAAUCACUUCACGGCGCCUAGCUGGUCUCGGCGUAGCGAGUCAGAAAAGGCGCUGACAGCUCAGGUGACCACAUCAUCAUCUCGCACGUACGAUGCCCCUUUCAACUCGCCCACCGCCAUGUCUGCUACCAGAGGUCUUGAUGUCAUGAACGCUGAUGUUCGCUCGCUCAACUCGCGGUCCGACGCAUAUACUAUCCGCACAGCGUUGACGGUACCAGAGACUCCUGCCACCAUGACCAGCUUUGGCGGAUCUACAAAUUAUACAGAGUCGUCUUAUGGAAUGCCUCUGUCAACUGACUCAACAUACAGAUCUUUAUCGGCGAUUCCCAGAAGCCAUGCAAGGGUUGGGGGAGGGAGUAUGAGAUCCUAUUCAUCCUCGUCGACGCGUCAGACAGACGCCACCUCGCCGAAAUCCCCGAGGAGUACGCGCACAGGUAGUGUCAAAUCUUACGCUACCACUUCGACCAGCGGCCAAGGCACCCCCAAAUCCCCACGAAGAGUAAAGGUGCCCAGAUACUCAGCGGAAAUUUCAUCUUCACAGGCUACUGCUGCAACACGGACCAUAACCACAACACUGCCCACGGAGAAUUUGAAGUCCACUUGGCACGGCGUCUAA